AGGCGUAAUGGAUCUAGAAUGCGACAAGCAACUCUCGGUCCCGUCCAUGCGACUGUGCUACGAGGACGAUGGCACUACCUGGAGCAUUCAUGGUGGGCUGAGGAAGAGGGUUAUGCGUUUGAGCCACCAGGUGACAUUCAUAAAUUGGAGGUUCUGGAGGUGGAGGAGAUUUAUACCUUGUCUCAUGCUACGGGGGCGUAUAUUUAUGCGGAUGUUGAUGGGGCGCCGAUGGAGGUGGAGGAUGUUUUUAGUAAGUUGGAAGAGGCUAGGAAGCAUUAUGAACGGGUUGGAUUAGGG